AUGUCAAGCCGCGCCAUGAAAAAACUCCUCCGGGAUUCAAACGGACCUACACCAAUGAAAGACCUCGAAACACUCAACAACGCCACCAAGACCACUGAAGGCGAAGACCACCAGGAAGACUACGAGGAAGAAGAAGAAGAAGACGAAGACGACUAUAUUCCCAAGCGACCACCAGCAAGGAACCUGUUUGCAUUGCUUGAUGAGGGCGAUCAGGAUGAUGCAGAGUCAGAAGAAGAGCAGGAACCAGCCGCACCUGUAGCUACCGCCUCUAGUAAAAAGAAAAAAAACAAGAAGAAAAAGAAGGCCGCCGCAUCUACCGCCUCCAACCCAUUCGACGCUCUUCAGGACAACGAGGAUGACAACACAUCGCCAACAGCAGGAACAGAGGAGACUGUCACUUCGCCCAUCACCGACGAGGUACCAUCAGGAGCUGCCGCCAAAUCCAAGAACAAAAAGAAGAAAAAGGGCAAGGCUGUUGUCAAGUCCAUGGAGGAGAUGAGCGUCGAAGAGUUUGAAAGGAGUCUUCAGCAGAUGAACCAACAGUUGGGAUCAUUGUCGACAGGGGGAGAGACAUCUCGGAAAGCAAACGUCACGCCACUGAAUCAGCUGCUGGCUGUUGAUACCCGGUUCUUGGACGCAGACGCAGAGAUGAAGAAGAUGUUUGGCGCUCGUGUUGUCAACUCGGAGAUCAAGGAUCGGCGAUACGCUAAGGUUGCCAAAAAGGCGUUGCUGGCUCAGCCCAGAGGCACCUGGCCCGUUCGCAAGGCGUCGGGAUUGAGUAUGGACAUUGUUGACCAGGAUGAGAAGGAGAGAAUUACUACCUUCAAGGUUGUGCAUUCUGAAUACUACCAGAGGACUCAACUCAAGUUCCUCACCGCUGUCGCUUCAUAUGAUCCCAACAACUUGGUGAUGCUUCUUCGCGAAAGUCCUUUCCACAUUGACAGUUUGCUGCAGUUGUCAGAAGUUAGCAAGCACAACGGCGACAACGGUCUAGCAGGCGAAUUCAUUGAACAAGCGCUGUUUGCCUUCGAAAAGAGCUUCCACAGUCUGUUCAACAUCGCGUCAGGAAGUGUGAGGCUGAGUUUCCAGGAGGUCGAGAACCGAUCCUUCUUCUUGGCGCUUCACCGUCACAUUCAGUUCUUGGGACGGCGUGGGUGCUGGCGCACUGCAUUUGAGUUCAAUAAGCUGCUUCUCAGCCUGGACCCCAAGCACGACGAACUGGGAUCACUGCUGUCGAUCGACUUUUUCGCGUUGAAGGCUCAGGAAUACGUCUACUUGCAAAGGCUGUAUGAGAGGCUACAGGAGGAACAUGGUUUGAGCCAGCUGCCCAACUUUGCGUACUCGAUGGCCUUGGCCCAGUUCCAUUUGGAGACUGCUCAGGGUAAGGGUCAUGACGAGAGCUCUAAGCUGUUGCAGAGGGCUAUUAUUUUGUUCCCAUCAGCCGUCCCUCUCUUGGCAGAUCAAGGGUCCUUCAGUGUUGAUUCUGAGAUGUCAGGAGAAGCUGCCUUCUACCCGACCGUUGACCUUCCCAAGAUCCUCGAUCUCUAUAUCCAUCUCUUUGUUUCCAGAAACUUUGCUCUCUGGAAGGAGCCCGAGGUUAUUUCAUGGCUCAAGACGAAUGUCAAGACAAGUGUGCAAUCGCGUUUCACCAACAGGAACGACCCUGACGUUCAGGAGGCCAAUGCCUUGUUAACAAAGUUGACAGCCGCCGCCAACUCCAAGGCUCCCAUAUUGAGCUAUGGCCCCGAUGGUUCCCUCGAGUCAGAAUCUAUCACUGAGUCCUCCGCAACAGAUUCAUCAGACCCCUGGAAGUUUUCUCUCCGCGUCUGUCGCCAUGUCCUGAUCUCGGAUUUCAACACCCUUGCACGGUACUUGCCGGAACAUAUCGUCAACUCGACGAUGCAUAUGCAUGAUCCCCUGCCACCGACUGGGUCGAGGAAUAUUUAUGAAGAGCGGUUUGAGGCCCAGAGGAGUGGUGGGUUGGUGGGUGGAGCGCGGGAUGCGGCGCAGAGUGUGUUGGAGGAAGUUGUUAGGCGCCUUCGUGGCGGCGGUGGUGGUCUUGCUGCGGCUGGAGCUGGAGCAGCCGGUGCCGCCGGUGCCGUAGGAGCUGCGGGGCUGGCAGAUGAUCAGUUACGACAGAUUACAGAGGCUGUUCAGAUGCUUAGGACGAGGAGGGAGCCUGCGGGUGAAGGUGCUGUGCCUGGCGCUUUCCCUGGAGACGCAACAGCAGUGGCUGCACCUGAAGCACGACCAGGUCCAGGAGCAGGAGCACCAGAUGCCGCUGGGGAGGGAGAGGAAGAGGCUGGAGGAGCAUUGGCAUCUGAACCUGCCUCGGUGGUCCAAUCUGUGACAGCAUUGAUGAGGAUGCUUGGUUUCGGAGCACGGGCAGACGCGAUUGAUGCCGAUACCACGGAUGGACUGGGAGACGAGGCUAUCCUCUCUGCCGAAGAGAGUCGUCAGUUCAUGGAGUCCCUGGCUCACCAGUUACCCCAUGAGGCCUAUGACUCUGACGAGUACGAUGAUGGACAGGAAGGGGAGGAAGGUGACGAGUAUAGUGAUGAGGAACAAGCUUUUGGACCUGAUGGGGACGAUGGAUGGGAACCUUAUGAUCCUGCCGCUUUUGAGUAG